AUGUCAAGGAUUAUUGUUAAAAAUUUGCCUAAAUAUUUAAAUGAAGAUAGGUUUAAAGAGCAUUUUUCCGCUUAUGGAGGAAAACAUAUUACUGAUAUUAAAUUUGUAUGUUCAAAAAGUGGGAAAUUUAGGGGGUUUGGGUUUAUAGGUUAUAAAACUAAUGAUGAUGCAUUAAAUGCUAUUAAGUAUUACCAUAAUACUUUUGUUGAUAUGUCUAGGAUUACUGUUGAACAUGCUAAAGAAGUAGAUUUUAGUGCUUUUAGUUCUCAAAAUGUUCUUGGGUCUGACAAUUUUUUUGUUAAAGAUCAUAUUUACAAAAAAAAUCAAUUAGUUAAUAAAGAAAUAUUUCUAAAAAGAGAAACUCAGGAAAAUCAAGAAUUGUUUAAAUUUUUAAGGCAUGAGCAAGUAGAAAACUGUAAAGAAAUUUCCGGAAAAAGCCGUCAGGUUUUAGUUAGAAAACAUAAAUUUAGAAGUUCUAUAGAUGAUUCGGAUGAUGUCAAUAAAGUUUUAUUUUCUUCUGCUUGUAAUAUAAAAGACCAUGCCGAAUCUUGUUCCUGUAAUUUUUUAGAGGGAUAUAAAGAACAGAAACGAAAAUCUUUUGAGCUAUCUGAUUCUGAAGAAUCAUUUAAUAUAUCUAAUAUUAAGUCUAUGACUGAUGAUGAGUGGCUGAAAUCGAAGUUUAAACAUGUAGUAGAAUUAAACGAUUGUGAAUUAUUUGAUUCUAAUCUGGAAAAACAAUUAAAUGCUGGAAAUGCAUUUGAAAAGAAUAUUUCAGAAUCUUGUUUUGGUAAUAGUAAACUUUCUUUAAAAAAUGAAAUUCUUUUAUCUGGAAGACUUUUUGUUAGAAAUUUGCCAUAUAGUAUUUCUGAAAAUGAACUUAGGGAUGUUUUUGAGAAGUUUGGAAAAAUUAUAAAUGUUCAUAUUCCUUUUGAUUUUGCUUCGAAUAUGGCAAAAGGAUUUGCUUAUCUCCUUUUUGAAAGCCCUUUAUCUGCUGUAGAUGCGUAUGAAAAUAUGGAUGGACGUGCGCUAUAUGGUCGUCUUGUACAUAUUCUUCCCGCACAAAUUAAACAUGGUCAUUAUGGACCCAUGAAUUUUAAUGAAAUGAAGUUUAAAAGUCAAAGAGCUAAAAAACGGAAAAUAAAUUCAUCUUAUUCUCAAUUUUCUUGGAAUUCUCUUUACAUGAACCCAGAUGCUGUUAUAUCUUCUGUUGCUGAUAAAUUCGGACUUUCUAAAGCUGAAGUUUUAGACCCUGUUUCUUCAAAUGCUGCUGUUAGACAGGCUUUAGCUGAAACUUAUGUUAUUCAAGAAACAAAAACUUUUUUUGAAAAAUCAGGUGUUAAUUUGGAAUCUUUUUCUAGUUUUGAGCGUGAUGAUUCUGUUUUGUUGGCUAAAAAUUUUCCAUAUGGUACAACAGUAAAUGAAUUGUUUGAGUUGUUUGGGAAAUAUGGUGUUCUUGGUCGUAUUUUGCUGCCUCCUUCUGGAACUAUUGCUAUUGUUGAGUUUUUAGAAUCUAAAUAUGCUGAUGACGCGUUUAAGAAUUUGUCUUACAGGAAAUUUAAAGAUUCUGUUUUAUAUCUUGAAAAAGCUCCUUUGAAUAUAUUUAAAGAUGAAUUUAAUUGUAAAAUGAAUUCAGAAAUGGUGAAUAUUGAUCCAAAAAAAUUGAAAGUGAUUCACGAUGUUGACAUUAAUAUUGAAAAUUCUGAUAUAUCUGAUACUGAAAGGGGCACUCUUUUUAUAAAAAAUCUUAACUUUUCUACUACUUUAGAUAGUCUAAAGAGGGUGUUUAGUUCUCUUACUGGUUUUAUUAAUGCAAUUAUCAAAACAAAGCCUGAUCCAAAAAGACCUGGAAAUAAAUUGAGCAUGGGCUUUGGUUUUGUUGAGUUUAAAACACGUUCUCACGCUUUAGCAGCUAUGAGUGCUAUGAAAGAUUAUGUACUUGAUGGACAUGUUCUUCAAAUUAAGGAAUCUGAGAAAUCUUGUGAUUCUUUUAAUAAAAAAACGUUAAAUGAAAAUAAGUGUAAAAUUAUAAUCAAGAAUUUGCCAUUUGAAGCUACUAAAGAUGAUAUAAAACAACUAUUUGGAUCAUAUGGUCAUUUAAAAUCUGUUCGUGUUCCUAAGAAAAUUGAUAAUUCUAUUCGCGGGUUUGCUUUUGUAGAAUAUUUUACAUCUAGAGAUGCAAAGAAUGCUUUUAAUGUUUUGAAAAAUACUCAUUUGUUGGGACGACAUCUUGUAUUGGAAUGGGCAUUUGAUGAUUCUCUUGUAAAUAGUAUUAGAUGUUAUAAAGAAAAUGAUUAA